UGUGUGUGCCUCACUCGCGUCUUUAUUUGUGCCUGUGUGCAAUUUACGUUUUUUCCUUUGGCGUUGUAUGAGUUUUUGUGUAAGAAAAAUUUGACAAGUAAAAUUUAUAAUCAUAAAAUAUCGAAUAGAAAAAAGGGAGAGUGAGAACGGAAAACGAACUAAAACAAGAUGUCGCUGUCUAGUCUGCUGCCCACCCCGACAAACACAGUCUGGGAUAGGGAGGACGAGCGUCGUCUAGCAGCCAAAGGGGCACCUAAAAUUGGAGCCUUAGUUUCGGCCAAGAUAGCAGCCCCUCCAUAUGGACAGCGCAAGGAUUGGGUACCACGGACAGAAGCAGAUUUCGGGGAUGGCGGAGCUUUUCCUGAGAUACAUGUGGCUCAGUUUCCCUUAGGGUUGGGAGCUCCAGCCAAUGUGGGCAAAAAGUCGGAUGCUUUGGCUGUGCGUCUCGAUGACAAGGGUAAAGUCAAAUAUGAUGCCAUUGCCCGUCAGGGUCAUGGCAAGGAUAAGAUAGUCUAUUCUUCCAUUUCGCAAUUACUGCCCGCUGAAGUUUUGGCUGAAGAUGCUGAGGAGCUUCAGCGUCCUGAUGAGGAAACUGUCGCCGAGACUACUGAGGAAACUCGUUUGGCUUUGGAGAAGCUGACAAAUCAAAAAAUUACCUCCGCCCUGCCUGUGCGCCAUGCCCAAAAAGCAGGCCCCGCCCAAUACAUACGUUAUACGCCAUCGCAGCAAGGCGAUGCCUUCAAUUCGGGAGCCAAACAACGGGUAAUACGCAUGGUCGAGGCCCAGUUAGAUCCCAUGGAGCCGCCAAAAUUCCGCAUUAACAAGAAAAUACCACGUGGCCCGCCAUCACCGCCGGCCCCGGUUCUGCAUUCGCCAUCCCGUAAGGUCACAGUUAAAGAGCAAAAGGAAUGGAAGAUUCCUCCGUGCAUAUCCAACUGGAAGAAUGCUAAAGGUUAUACCAUUCCCCUCGACAAGCGUCUGGCCGCCGACGGUCGAGGCCUGCAGCAAGUCCACAUCAAUGAAAAAUUCGCCAAAAUGGCCGAGGCUCUGUACAUAGCCGAUAGGAAGGCACGAGAAGCAGUGGAGGCGCGAGCCCAACUUGAAAAAAAAUUGGCCCAAAAGGAGAAGGAGAAAAAAGAGGAUAUGCUUCGUUUAAUGGCCCAAAGAGCCCGCGAAGAACGUGCUGGACUACGGAAUCCUGAAGUUGCUGGCAGCGAGCCAUCCGCUGGAGGUUCGGAUGCACGUGAACGAAACGACCUACGCGCGGAACGGCAGCGGGAGAGACAACGAGAUCGCAACUUACAGCGUGCUGCCCCAGAGAAACGUUCCAAGUUGCAACGGGAACGCGAACGUGACAUUUCCGAACAGAUUGCAUUGGGUCUGCCCACCAAAACAUCCGCUGGCAAUAACGAAACGCUCUUUGAUCAACGCCUCUUUAACACCACGAAAGGCAUGGAUUCUGGCUAUGGCGACGAUGAGGCCUACAAUGUCUACGACAAACCCUGGCGUGAUUCCAAUACGUUGGGUGCCCACAUCUACAGGCCUACUAAACAGGCGGAUUCCAAUAAUUAUGGCGCUGAUUUAGAUGCAAUUGUGAAUACGAAACGUUUUGUGCCCGAUAAACAGUUCUCAGGCACCUCCAGAGAUCCCGAUGGCGCAAGUGGCGCUGCACGCAGUGGUCCAGUCGAAUUUGAAAAGGAAGAGGAUCCCUUCGGUCUCGAUCAAUUCUUGAACAUGGCCAAAAAGGCACCCAAAAGGCCUGAAGAAAAACACGAGCGUAGCAAUCAGUCCGAUCGAAAGCGAAGUCGUCGGGACUAGAUUAUAUAAAUUUUGGCAUGGACACCUGUGCUUAUUUUUUUUUAGUUAAACAAAAAACUGACAACAAAAUGAAGAUGAGGGCAAAACAGUUUAAACAUAAAAGUAGAAAUUAAAAUCAAAUUAUGUAACAACUUAUAUAUGGAUAAAAGUUUUGGCAAAUUAAAAUAUAAAUUCAGAAAAUA